GGCCCCCGGGACAGAGCGACGAGGAACCCCGGGCUCCUGGGUCCCCAGCAUGAUCCUCGGCAGCCUGAGCCGGGCAGGGCCCCUCCCUCUGCUACGGCAGGCCCCCAUCAUGCAGCCUCCACUGGACCUCAAGCCAAUCCUGCCGUUCCCACUGGAGCCAGCCCCCACCCUUGGCCUCUUCAACAACUACAGCGCAAUGGAUCCUGUGCAAAAGGCUGUGCUGUCCCACACUUUUGGAGGACCCUUGCUCAAGACCAAGCGGCCCAUCAUUUCCUGUAAUGUCUGUCAGAUCCGAUUCAAUUCUCAGAGCCAGGCUGAAGCGCACUACAAGGGUAAUCGCCAUGCCCGGCGAGUCAAAGGCAUUGAGGCUGCCAAGACCCGAGGCAGAGAGCCUGGUGUCCGCGAACCUGGAGACCCAGCUCCCCCAGGCAGCAACCCUCCAAAUGGCGAUGGCAUAGUAGCUCCCCAUCCAGUUUCCAUGGAGAAUGGAAUGGGUCCAGACCCAGGAUCCCCAGAAAAACAGCCUGGCUCCCCAUCCCCUCCCAGUGUUCCGGAGACUAACCGGGGUGCAGCCAAGGGUGAAGGGGGGACCCCAGCCCCAGCUUCCCUGCCUGGGGGUAGCAAGGAAGAAGAGGAAAAGGCCAAGAGGCUGCUCUACUGUGCUCUGUGCAAGGUGGCUGUGAACUCCCUGUCCCAACUUGAGGCUCAUAACAAAGGUACUAAGCACAAGACAAUUCUAGAGGCACGCAGUGGGCUGGGUCCUAUCAAAGCUUAUCCUCGCCUGGGGCCUCCCACCCCUGGGGAGUCAGAAGCCCCUGCCCAGGACCGAACCUUCCACUGUGAGAUCUGCAAUGUCAAGGUCAACUCAGAGGUCCAACUGAAACAGCACAUCUCCAGCCGGCGGCACCGAGACGGCGUUGCUGGAAAGCCCAACCCGCUACUGAGCCGUCACAAGAAGCCUAGGGGUGCUGGAGAGCUGGCGGGCACACUGACUUUCUCUAAGGAGCUGCCCAAGUCUCUGGCUGGUGGGCUGCUCCCCAGCCCUCUGGCGGUGGCUGCAGUGAUGGCGGCAGCAGCAGGCUCCCCACUGUCCCUGCGCCCGGCCCCAGCGGCACCUCUUCUCCAGGGACCUCCGAUCACGCACCCCCUGCUCCAUCCAGCCCCCGGGCCCAUCCGAACUGCGCACGGACCCAUCCUCUUCUCCCCUUACUGACCUCAACCCUGAACCCCCUCCCAUUCUACCCCCCACCUCCAGCCGGGACCCAGGCCUCCGGGCUCCCAGCCCGCCCCUCCUCCUGGCACUCCCUGAAUGAUCUCUCUCCUUCCCCCCCACCCCGAGGUACGGGGUUCCAGGAAUGGGGAGGAGCAGUGGGGGAGGGGGGCUUCAGAAGGGGAGAUACCCCAGAUCUCAGGGAACCCCGCCCCCUGCCCUUCCCUCUCCCCUAGAAAAGGGGGGGCCGUCUCACUUCGAGCCCCCUUAGAGACACCCCCCCUCCCAAAAGCCAUGUCCAUCCAACCCUUCCCCCUCAAACCUAGCACAAAACGGGGUUCACAAGCCAUGGUCGGGGUCCAGGGGCAGAAAUGGAUUUUCUUGGCAAUAAGCGGACUCUGGGACUCCGGCCCCCUACCCCCAAACUGAAGCGCUUCCGUGAACACCCCCAUCCCAACCUCUUCAGGGGGAGGGAGGCAGGUGGGAUCCUGAGUCCCUCACAAGCACUUUGGUUUUACUGCCUGCGACCUCACUGUGCCCGCCCCGCAUCAUGCCCCAGCCCCAGCUCUAGCCGGGCACAUCGCAGGGAGCAGCACUUGGGGGCAUCUCUGGCACUUGGGUGGGACCAAGGAGAUGUCCUCAUAACCCUCCCUUUCCUUUUUCCUCCCCCAUCCGGGUUCCAUUCUUUUCACCAGCACCCAUCGCCCUAGGGGUACCGAGGGGGGCACGGGGUGUCCAGUCCAAGCCCACCCCCACCUCGCCUUCCGCAAAACUGUGAGCAAAAAGCAAUAGAAGCCUCGCCCCCGCCCCUCCCCUUUCCGCAGGAUUCGCGAGUCUGUAGCCUUCCCCACCCCAGCUCCUAGACUUCAUGGCCGUCCCCACCCACACCCUACACCUCCACUGCACAACUGUGGCGGGGGCGUGACCCCCCCUUCUCUGUGAUUUCUGUAUCGUCAGCCCUUCCAGCAGCCGGGGAGGGUCUUCCAGUUCCCAUCACCUCUUUCUGCUUGAUAAUGUAGCAGCCCCAGGCCUCGUUCCUCCAUCCUUUUCCUUUCCCUCUCUCUGACAAUAAAAGUCUGGAUUCGUUCUGCCCUCC